AUGGCUCUGGGAAACAACACCCAAGUGACCGUGUUCGUGUUUUCUGGACUGACCGAUAAUGAUAAACUAGUCCCGCCCCUCUUUGCCUUUUUCUUCAUGGUGUACCUCGUGACCGUACUCGGAAACAUCGGCUUAAUUAUUCUUGUCCUUGUUGCCUCCAACCUCCACACUCCAAUGUAUUACUUCUUGAGUUACCUCUCAGCGGUGGACCUCUUCUACUCUACAGCUAUAACUCCUAAAAUGUUGUCCGAUCUUCUAUCCCUCAGGAAGACCAUAUCCUUUCAUGGUUGUGCCAUCCAAUUCUUCUUGUUUGCUGCCAUGGCAGGAACUGAGAUUCUCCUACUUUCCAGUAUGUCGUACGACCGCUACGCUGCUAUCUGCCACCCCCUUCACUAUGUUUCCAUCAUGACCAAAAGCAAAUGUGUGUCUCUGGUCAGUCUGUCAUUCUCUGUCGGCUUCUUUCAGUCCGUUGUGCAGACCUGCUGCUUGUUCGGUCUCCAUUACUGUGGCCCGAACGUUAUAGACCAUUUCUACUGUGACGUCCUUCCUAUACUCCGGUUGUCUUGCUCCAAAACACUUCUCUGCAACAUCAUAACUGUUCUCUCUGUUGGCUCUUGUGGUGUUUGUUCGCUGUCGGCAAUCUUGGCCUCAUACGCUCUCAUCUUUACCACCAUAUUAGGUAUAAAGUCUUCUGAGGUACGACAGAAAGCUUUCAGCACGUGUUCUUCUCAUCUCAUGUGUGCCAGCGUCCUCUAUGUUGCAGCUUUCGUCACUUAUUUUCGCUCACCUUCCAGUGCCCUGGACAAACGAGACAAAGUGGCCUCUGUCUUCUACUCAGUAAUGACCCCAAUGAUGAACCCCCUUAUCUACAGCCUAAGGAACCAGGAGGUUAAAAGGGCCUUCAUGCAUGUUAUACAUAAUAUUUUACAUGGGCAGAACAAAAUGGAGGCUGUAAAUGGAACACAAAUGAUCGACUUUGUGUUGUCUGGUAUGUCCAUUUGCAUCUUCACGGCUAAUACACUGUACUGGACGUGA